AGCAAAUCCCAGUACACACCCUAUACUUAUCCCAUUCAUUUAUAUUUAAUGUUUUUUUAUUUUAUUACUUUUAUUGGCAACUGCAAUGGAAACAGUAAUCGGCUUGAAGGGCAAAGAUUUUGUACUGCUUGCCGCUGAUACGAUGCUGGCUAAAUCCAUAUUCUUUUUGAGGGAUAACAGCUCAAAGAUACGCAUCCUUUCGAGGAAUUGCAUGAUGGGCGUGAUUGGCAAUGACGGCGACGCCAUGCACUUUACAGACUUCAUAUCGACGCAUAUCUCGCUCUAUGAAAUUAAGAAUGGCUAUCCCAUGGAGACCCAGACAGUUGUGCACUUCACACGCCAUCAUUUGCUGGCGAAUGUUGCCAGCAAGGUCAAGUACAUGGUUGCGAUGCUAUUGGCCUGCUUCGAUCCGAAGCGAGGACCAAAUCUAUGCUUCAUCGAUGCUCAUGGCGCUUCGCAGUCUCUCAACUAUUCCGGCCACGGCAUUGGUCACACAAUAUGCAUGAGCAUCUUCCACAUGUUGUGGAAACCCGGCCUCACCAUCGAAGGUGGACAGAGCAUAAUUCGCAAGUGUGUCGCAGAGAUUCAAAACCGUUUGAUCGUCAAUUUACGUCACUUCGAGGUCUAUCUAGUGGACAAGGACGGCAUUCGCAAGCUGGACUCAGUCGGCGGCAAACAAGUAGAUCUCAUAAAUCAAGAAUGCAUCGUCCCCAUUACACGCGCAUGAGAUCCGUUUGUAAAUGUACUCGGAAAUUCGAUGUUAUAUUAAGUUAUAUAGUCAACAGUUUGCCAAUAAGACCGCACGAUGAGGUGUAAUAGAUUUUCAAAUGUAUUUUAUACACUCUAUUAUUCUGUCCAAUGAACCAAUUGUCAAAUGAAAUGACUUACACCA